AUGCACUCUUUGACAAAUCUGAAUAUGUUGUCGCCGGAUGGACAAUGCUACAGUUUCGACCAUCGUGGGAAUGGCUACAGCAGGGGUGAAGGGUUUGCUGUUCUCGUCUUAAAGCGAGUGUCAGACGCUAUUCGAGACAACGACACCAUCCGCGGCAUCAUUCGAAGCACCGGCUGCAACCAGGAUGGAUUUACUCCAAGCAUAACUUUGCCAAAUCCCGAUUCACAGGAAGCGCUCAUCCGGCAGACUUACCGGAAAGCGGGUCUUAGCAUGGUACCUACCCGAUUCUUUGAAGCCCAUGGCACAGGAACAUCUGUAGGUGAUCCAAACGAAGCGAAGGCUUUAGGAUCGAGUUUCCGGCAGGUUCGAACGACCCAAGACCCACUGUGGGUAGGGGCGCUCAAGAGUAAUAUAGGCCAUCUCGAAGGAGCCAGUGGUAUUUCAGGCGUUAUAAAAGCGGCUCUCGUUCUUGAAAAGGCCAUUAUACCACCAAACACCAACUUUGAGAAGGUAAAUCCCAAGAUUGAUACGGAGUUCCUAAGAAUCCAGUUUCCUGUGGAGCCAACGCCGUGGCCAUCAAAAGGCCUUCGCCGGGCAUCAGUCAAUUCUUUCGGCAACGCCGGAACGAAUGCGCAUGUGGUUCUAGAUGAUGUCCGCCAUUUUCUGGAGGAGCAUGGGCUCGUUGCUAAUCAUCUUACUGUCCGAGACCCGCCGGAGCAGGCGGUUUUUGAGCCGACUGUAGUUCGGCUUCCACUGAUAGGGGAAACUUCUAUGUCCCAAAAUGUGAAAGAUAAACUGGAACGUCCAAAGCUUCUUGUUUUGUCCGCAAAUGAUGAGCACGGUGUCCAAAGACAUGCGAAAGAGUUCGCUUCGCACUUCUCAGAUUUGUCGACUCCCUUGGAUUCUAACUACCUAGAUAACCUCGCAUACACGCUUUCAUUUAGGAGGAGUUCUUUGCUCUGGAAGUCUUUUGCCGUCGUGAAAUCCGUAGAUGCCCUUUCUCGUUUAGAUAAAUUAUUAUCUCCUGCAAAGAAGUCGGUGUCAUCUCCAGAUAUGGCGUUCAUUUUUACUGGUCAAGGGGCUCAAUGGGCGGGAAUGGGACAUGAACUACUUUCAAUUGACCGAUUUAAACACAGCCUCCAAACCUCUGAGAAGUUCUUGCUACAACUCGGCUCUUCAUGGCGGCUAUGCGAAGAGAUUUUGCGGACAGAUAACUCAAGAAUCAACACUCCGGAACUUGCACAGCCUAUUUGCACCGCACUUCAGAUUGCACUGCUUAAUCUGCUGGAUGACUUCAAUGUUCACCCUGUGGCGGUAAUUGGACAUUCAUCUGGUGAAAUUGCGGCUGCCUAUAGCACCGGUGCGAUAUCCGCGGAAUCCGCCCUAAGCCUGGCGUAUUAUAGAGGUACUUUAUCAGGUUCCUUGGCAAGUCAGUCAGAUAUCGAAGGAACGAUGAUGUCUGUUGGACUCUCGGAGACUGAGGUAUUGUUGUAUAUUGCUACGAUAGCAAAGCUCUUCGGCAGGUGCAACUUAACAGUUGCGUGCAUCAACAGCCUUAAGAGUGUCACUAUAUCCGGAGAUAACGAUCAGAUAAAUGCACUGAAAGAUUUACUGGACAAGGAACAAAUUUUCGCCCGGAAGCUGAGGGUAGGAAUUGCUUACCAUUCGCCAUACAUGCUACCUGCUGCAGAACAUUAUCGCAGUGCAAUUCAGGGCAUCAAACCCGGAAUUGCGCCUCGCCGUCCAGUUGCCAUGAUUUCCUCCGUUACAGGAGAGAGGGUAUCAGUAAAAGACCUAUUAUCGGCGGAUUAUUGGGUAUCCAACAUGGUCUCUCCUGUCAGAUUUUUGAAGGCUAUGGACAUCCUUCUAUCCAAAUCAGGACAGCGAGGAAGCAAAAAACUGGAUCUCAGCCAUCGGAAUCAUUUCCACAUUGACAUGCUCGUUGAAGUUGGCCCUCACUCGGCACUACAAGCUCCUAUCCAUGAAACGCUCUUGAGCUUUCGCACAACGAAGAAUAUAAACUAUGCGUCUGUCCUAUUGCGAGAUAACUCCGCAAUCGACUCCGCCUUCAAUGCAUUGGGGGAGAUGUUGUGUCUUGGACAUCGUUUGAAUAUGGAGCGAGUCAACAAUUUGAGAUCGAAUUGUCGGAAAUACUACCAGGCCCUCCCAGACAUACCCGGAUAUGUCUUUGACCACAGCCAGAGAUAUUGGGAUGAAUCCCGGAUCAGUGCUCAGUAUCGAACGGGAGGGCAGGGAAAGCUGGAUUUGUUGGGUAAGCCAGUACCGGAUUGGAAUCCGAUGGAAGCAAGGUGGCGUAACCACCUUCGUGUUUCCGAAAUGCCUUGGAUAGAGGACCACGUAAUUAACGGUGCUCUUAUAUACCCUGGAGCUGGAAUUCUAGUUAUGGCUAUUGAGGCGGCAAACCAGGUCACAAAAGCGACUGAUGGUGUGGUUGGUUUCGAAAUUAAAAAUGUCUCGUUUUUGAAACCGCUCAAUAUUUUGCGAGAUCCAGCCGGUAUUGAAACUCAACUCGUCCUACAUAUGGCACAGGAUUUGCCAAGGCCUUUGGGGAUAUGGUCAGAGUUCAGAGUUUUUGCCUAUGAGCAAGGUACUUGGCGCGAGUGCUGCCACGGGCAUGUUCGCGCCAAGUAUAUGCAGAAUCCUAACGAAGUUGAAAAUAAAAUGGAGAGUCGUGAAGAACUUGACGAAUGUCGUGAAAUCGAUAGCUCAUACAGUCAAACCUGCACAAUACCCUUUGAGCCCAGCAAGUUCUACGCAGCUAUGAAAGCGAAUGGUCUAGAAUCCGAAUCGACAUUCCAUCGCGUUGUGGGAGGCUUCUAUGACAAUGAAAUGAGAGUCACAGGUUCCAUAGAGCCGUUCAUAUGGCCGAAAGAAGAAUAUCCUCAGCCUCAUGUGAUACAUCCUACAACCUUGGAUGCCGUAUUCCAACUGGCAUUGGCGGGUCUUGCGAAAGGCGGAGAAGAGGCUACUCCCACCAUGAUUCCAACCUUUUUGCGUAACCUCUACGUUCACAAAACCGGGCUAAGCUUUGCUGAAAGCAAGGAAAUCCAUGAAUGUGCUUGGCUGAGCAUUAAUAACAGUCUCUUCAGCGAAUUUGGUGGCUUUGCGCUCACACAUUCCAAAGAUACUCUCUUGGUACAGUUUGAUGACCUCAGGUUGACGAAGAUUGCAACAACAUCCGAAGAAAAUGCCUCGCAUGAGGGAUUUGAAGCUCAUCAAUUGUCUUAUCAUAUAGAAUAUAAAUUGGAUCUGACACUCCUAGAUCCAAAAAGUAUAGAUAAAUAUUGCCGAGCAACGCCUGGGCUGAUGCAAACAGAAUUUAAUCGCUAUAUUGAUUUAAUUGCGCACAAAGACAGUGACCUCAAUAUACUGGAGAUAGAUGUUGAGGCCAGAGAGAUGACGCAAGAUAUGCUAAAAACGUUAUCAGUGUAUGGCAGCAACGGUGACAUAGUUCAAACUAGGUACUCGUCAUUCAGGUUCCUCACUAGCUCUCAGUCUAGCCUUGCCCAAGCCGAAAAGGACUUAGGAGGAUAUCCAGCCAUUGAACUUGGGCUACUUGGCCCCCAAAAUGACAUGGGAGAUCAGGGACUUGCGCAUGGUUCCUAUGACAUUUUACUAGCGUCAAAAACAGCCCAGGACCUUGAGGUGCUGUUGAAGAUGGCCCACACACUCCUCAAAAACAACGGAAUACUGGUACUACAUGAAAAUACAAAUCCCAUCAAAAUAUCUCAAUUGAGUGACGGCGUAUUCGUUAAUAUCUUGGAGAAGAAUGGCUUUCCCUCCUGUGAGUUGCAAUUGACUUGCGGUCCGCAGUCCGUUGUCCAUAUUCAUAGGAUCGAACAAGGGACUCCCACAUCAUCAGUGGACAAAUCCGUUUUUGUCAUACUCGACUCUGAUUCUCCCAUUCAAACACAAGUAUCAGAUGCAAUCCUUAAUAUCUUAAGUAGGCGAGGUGUGAACUUGGUAUCUACGAUUAGUCUAGAGGAUGCCAUUAAUAUUCCACAACCUCACAGCGCUUUUUUCAUGGUCCUGUUGGAACUGGACCAAGAUUUAUUAUAUAGCGUCAGAGAAAAGUCUUUUAAUGUCCUCCAGAAGUUCUUUGUAUCUGCUCAUGAUGUGCUUUGGAUGACGUUCGCGGGUGGAUCAACUGCUGGGAAACCAGAGUACGCAAUGAUUCAUGGCCUGGCGCGAGCCCUGAGAAACGAGUACCGUGAUCUCAAUCUAACAGUAAUGGCCUUAGAUGCUGAGAAAGAGCUGUCCACAUGGCAGAUGGAAACCGUCGCUCGAGUUGCGUUCAGGAAUCAUAUCGAAAACUCAGCUGGAGGAAUCACAGAUGUAGAGCUUCUCGAGAUUGACAAGGCCAUUUACAUCCCUCGAGUGGUUCCAUCCAUACAUGUCACUACUGAAUUACACAAAAGAUCAGAAACACAACACUCUGGUGUGACCUUGAUGCGUGAUGCACCACCGCUUACUUUGACAAUUGGCUCUCCGGGCCUGCUUGACACCCUACAUUUUGUGGAAGACGAGAUAUUUCCAUCACCACUUCUCGCUGAUGAAGUCGAGAUUCACACACGAGCGAUUGGGGUAAAUUUCAAGGACUGUUUAAUCGCAUUAGGUCAACUUGUGAACGCGGCAUUGGGUCAAGAGUGUGCCGGUGUUGUCACCCGAGCUGGUCCUGAGACUGGGUUCAAGCCGGGAGAUCGAGUAGUCCUAGCUGCAAGUGAGACAUUCAGAACAUUUGCAAGAGGCAAGGCAUGGGGUGCUUUCAGGAUCCCAGAACACUUGCCGUUCACUGUGGCAGCAGCUAUUCCCGCUCAGUUUGGAACUGCCUGGCAUGUCAUUCACCGUUUGGCUCGUUUGCAGCGUGGAGAAAGUAUUUUGAUUCAUUCCGCGGCCGGGGGUACAGGACAAGCCGCAAUUCAGAUCGCACAAGCCAUCGGAGCUACCGUCUUUGCGACAGUGGGUUAUCAGCGCAAAAAGCAGCUUCUUAUGGACACGUACCAGAUACCAGAACAUCAUAUAUUCUACAGCCGCAGCACUGGCUUUUCGAAAAGUAUUCGACGGAUUACCAACGGACGAGGGGUUGACGUGGUGGUCAAUUCUCUAGUCGGCGAUAGACUGUUGGCAUCUUGGGAAUGUGUUGCCCCCAAUGGUCGCUUCAUUGAGAUCGGCAAAAAGGACAUAUUGUCAGACUCAAGCCUCCCAAUGUUCGGAUUCCGUCAGAAUGUGGCCUUUUUCGGGUUUGAUGGAUCUCUUUGGCUACAGGAUAAACCAGACUCUGCGCGCCAGGACCUUGAACACAUGAUCGAUCUAUUUGCUAAUAACACACUCCACACCCCUCAACCUUUACACAUCUACGAUAUUUCCGAGACCGAGAAAGUCUUUCGAUUGACCCAAGAUGGCGAAAUCUCCGGGAAGAUUGUUUUGCAGGUUACACAUGAAUCCCAAGUUCCGACCAUCCUUCGCACUAAACCCAGUUUUCAACUGCAUUCCAAUGCGACAUUUGUAAUCGCAGGAGGCCUCGGGGGCAUCGGUCGCGCCACAGCCCGUUGGAUGGUAGAUCGAGGAGCGAGGAAUCUCAUUUUGUUGUCCAGAUUCGGACCGCGAACGAGUGCCGCAAGAGAACUUAUUGAAGAGCUGCAGUCACAUGGAGUGCGUGUAGAAACUCCAGCUUGCGACAUCACAGAUUUUGAGCGGACGAAGGAAGUCUUUAGGCAGCUAUCGGCUGAUAUGCCUCCCAUAAAGGGUAUGUUACAGAUGUCGGUCAUCACUCAGGACUUUUUAUUCAAAGAUUUGGACUACUAUCGCUGGAAAUCUGCAGUUGACUGUAAGACAGUCGGUUCUUGGAACCUACACUCAAUCCUGCCUCAAGGAAUGGACUUCUUCAUCCUCCUCGGAUCUGCAUCGGGCCUGGCAGGAAUCCGAGGGCAAACCAACUAUGAUGCUGGAAACACAUACGAAGACGCCCUAGCUAGGUUCCGAGUGGCGCUGGGUGAAAAGGCCACGUCACUUGACCUGGGUGCCAUGGUCGACGAUGGCAUCUUAGCCGAGAAUCCUGACCUGUUGAAUCGGGUUCUCACGUAUGGGACCUUGGAGCGCAUUACCCGGCGAAAGUUCUAUAGCAUCUUGGACUACUACUGCAACCCCAAUUUGCCGGUUCUCACACCGGCAGAAAGCCAAGUAGCCAUCGGUCUGGGCACUGGCGGUGGCCAGGGUCUUGACAGCAUUGAUUUUUCUCGGCAGCCGAUGCUGCAACCACUCAUGUUGGCCGGUGAAAGAAAGGCUGCUGCGGUUUUCGGAGCUAAGAACAUUGGUAUGAACGCGACGUUCAAAGAAGAGUUUGCGGCAUCGGCAUCACUCGAUAAGGCGGCCGAAGUAGUUUCUCAAGCCAUUGUCCAGAAGCUAGCUAAGUCGCUCGUAGUGAUGCAAGACGCCAGUUCGGUCGACUACCAUAAACCCUUACAGAUGUACGGAGUCGACUCUCUCCUCGCAAUCGAACUGAGAAACUGGAUCGUUAAGGAAAUGAAGGCAGAUAUCGCCGUCUUUGAGACUCAGGGCGCAUCAACGUUGAGCACGCUAAGCAUGUUGGUGGCUGGUAGGAGUGCGAUCAAACAUCAUGACUGGACCGCAGCCGGAGAAAAAAUUACAAAAUAG